AUGCCUCGCCUCGUUCGUCGCCGCCCGCUGGCGGAGCGCAUCCGAUCGUAUCUGAACCCGUGGGACCUCUUGCUCUGGGUAUCCGAAGAAAUUGAAGGACAUGACUGGGAUCAGAUGGAGAAGGACUGGGGCCUUGCUAGUGGUUGUGCGCUCAAUCUGAUCUUCCUUGUCGCGCGUGCAAAUGCCCGAUCGAGUGGCAGCAUAGCCAUCGACGAUGUGUUUGGAGAGGAUGACGGUGUGCCUUGGCUCAGCUGGCUCGCAUCCUCCAUUGUGACCGCGCUGGCGAUUUUCUCCAUAGUCAAUGCAAGCUACACCUUUUACCGGAGACGCAAUUACCGUCUGUUUGAAACGCCCAUUGACCGAACGCCUGCGACCACCUCGGCCCAUCUUGUACGUGUUGAUUCGACUACGAUGACUGCUUCUCCCCUACGAUACCUGGCCAAAGCCAUGUCAGGUGAGUCGGCAGAGUCAAGAGCGCACCCAGAUGCACACCGGGAUGUAUGGGAGGUAGCAAUGUGGGACCCUCUACCUAUCUGCACCCGUCUGUUCUGUCUGUUCAGUCCAGGACAUGUGUUGAUUUAUCUGCUAUUUCUUCCGACUCAACUAUCCGACCCACGGCCUAGCGUGACUAUAGCGACGACGAUUUUGCUCGUCAUCCUUCUUUCCAUACAAAUGUCGUUCCUUUCUUCAUUCUACUCGCAACAGGCGAUCGACUCGACAGUGGUUCACAAGGAAGUAAUGAAAGAAUAUGACACCAAAUUCGUUCAUCCUCGAACGCAGCCGUUGAUGAGAGAUGUUGGUACCCAGUUCUCUGAAGGUGGCGCCUCAAACUCGGCUCCAGGAUCCGAUAACAGAGUUGAGACUUAUACUCCAACAUUCGUCAUCAACCGUGGGUUUAAAACCAGCCCAAACCCGAACUAUGUCAGUCAUAUCGACCCGGAUGGCUUCUCGCCUCGGCGCCCUACAGGCAUCUCUACUCCUAGUGCCACAUCCCUUUUCCAAACCCAGCCCCCAUUACAUACGCCUACAUUGUCGCGUGAUGCCUCACCCAUGCUGCGGACAGCCGGCACAAACAUGCGACAGCCGCAGUUUCGGCCUGCCCCGAGCACCACGGGUGACGGUGGCAGUCUUGGAGUUUACUCGCACGCUAACUCGCCCCUACGAAAGUCUGCUUCUACUUCUUUCGAACGCCGUGUACAAAACAAUGGGGAUUUCUUCUACAAAGAACGAGGAACAAGCCCUCUGAAGAAGCCAUCGAGUCCAUUGAAGCGUAGCAGCUUGGCUGGAACUAUGAGUCCAGCCCAAGGACUUCGAUCAGGGAGCCUCAGUACCACCAACCGGCGAGAAACUGGUCGGUUCUAA